CCGAACUCUCACUAUAACACUAUAAAAGGGCUGACUCGGUGUCACUCUGUUCAAUCCCGUGGACUGCACCGGGCUGAGGUGCAGAGAGCCGCAGUCCUGUGGAGGUUACCCGCUAAGCAAUUUCUGCAGACGUCGCCUGCAUUCAGCCGUCCUUAUGUGCCUAUUGUUGGGACCUAAAGACAUGGACAUUGAGUGUCAGGAGAAGAAAGGCCGAGACCGUGGACGCUGUCUGGAUGCGUGCGUGCUCGUUUCCAUCCUGGUCUUGUUUGCAGCGCUUACUGCUAUGGCUGUGGUGUGCGUGCCGGUUCUGAUGGCGCUGCGCUCCCAAGUGGGCUCGGUGCUGCAUCCGUUUCAGUUCGCAAAGGAAGAACUAAAAGGACUCUCUCCGAGUCCGGCUUACAAGAUGCAGAAGUUUGCUUUCUUGGAGGCAGUCUCAAGCAAGUUGGUGAACUCAACCGUUGAGUGGGCUCCAGUCCACUACAGCGCCGGGGAGUCUGUCGGAAGCAACUUCAACUUUGACUCAAAGCAACACUCGCUGUGGCCCAAACGUGCGGGGACUUACUUCAUAUACCUGAACCUUAACCUGACCUGCACGUACAGGUGCAGUACUGGCCUCCUGAGUGUUAAUGUGGGGCACAAGCUGAGCUGCCAAGUUCACCUUCUCGCGGGUUCCGAACAAGCGAGCAAGAGGUGCUGGACAGUGGGCUGGUUGGACGCCAACACGCAGUUGCUCACCCACAUGAGCGUGGCAAAGGAGGGGCUGGAGAACUGGAAACUGGAGCUCACCGGUUCCAACUUGGGCAUGUUCCUUGUGGACUAAGAUCUGAAAUCAGAACUGUUUGCACGUGACCUGCAAGUAACCCAACUAAAGAACGUGAAAGGAGCAUAGUGGGAAAGACUCCGUGGAGCUCACCUGAAAAAGGACGCCGCAAAGAAAGAGACGUCGCAAUCAGGGAGGAGAUGUUGACUGGACACUGUAUAUAUUUUUGACAUAUUGUGAUGAUGUGCGUAUUUAUUUAACACCGCGGGACUACUUAUGUUGCAGGUUUCUAUAUGUCAAAUAUGAAGUUAUUGUAGGCUGAUAACACUACAUUAGUGUUAAUGUGCAAUCUUCAAGUUUUUCUUUUUAAGUUUCUGGUUCUAUUUUUAUGCGUGGCUACAAGGUUCUCAUUUGGAUUCACAUGGAUAAUAAACAGCAAUGAAAUCACAGUCAGUACAGCAUUGCAACACUUAGAGUAAAUCACUUAUUUGUGAGGAUAGGUGGCUUGGAAAAUGGAUUGUUUUAGCACAAUAGACACAAGACGUGAUUUGUUACGCAUUCAAAGAUGACCCCGUGAAUAGCACAAAAGGUUUAUUGAGCACUUCAGUUUUGCAAAAUCAACACAAAUUAAUAGGUAAAAUCCUUUACAAGCCUGUAAAAAUAAAGUUUUGGAAAUUUGUGGGAGACUAUAAGAGUACACUCAAAAAUGAUUUGAUUGAGUUUUAAUAUUUUCUCGUCAACUGAUUCCACGCAUUAGUUUUCUGUAGUUAAUCUCUCCAAUGGCAAUAAAUGAAUGGGUUGAUGAGGAAAUAUAACAUAUUUCAUUUAAAGUGCAAAAUGCAGUGAUGUAUCAAUAGAUUUGGGAAACUUUGUUGUGAAGUGUAAUCAAAAUAUCACAUGUAUGAUGUUGAAAAUGCGAUGAAACAAUGUUAAGUCCCAUGGACAAACUGGAUAGUGUUGAUUGUAUCCAUAUUUAACAUGGAAAUAAACGUAUGAGCUUAUACUGUAUGUGUGCGCGCUCGCAUCACAUGAAAAGGAGAAAAUGACGUCUGUGACAGUGAUUGUGGCAAAGUACAAGUGGAAUAUUUGAAAAGUGUCUACCGAAGGGGAAAGUUCCCUGUUGUUGCAUGUAGCGGGAAGUAACUGCAUCACUUCCUGUUUAUUUAUUUUUAAGUGCCAAAAAAAAGCAUCUAGGGUCUUGAGGUGGAGGUGACGCACUUGCAUGAAAUUGAAUGAAUGUUAGAAUGAUUAUUUCAUAGACAUUACAGAAAUAUUAAACUAUAAAUGGAUGAUUAUCAUUAUUAUUAUUCUACACCACUGCACACCACCAACAAUAAUAAACAUAUUUUUAAGGCAUUUUUAACAAUUUCAAUCCAUUUUGAUGCAAGACCUGAGUUGGAUCUCAUCAAACAAGUUAUUUAGGAAAAAAAAACCUGCAUCCAAAUUAAAAAUGUAUAUUUUGUUUUUGUUUAUGAAAGAAUUAUAUGAGGAAAGGUACUGUAAAAAUGUAUACCAUUAACAUGGAAGAAUUCAGAGUAAAAUAGAGUUUGAAUCACUUCUUGCAGGUUGCCAUCAACCACAUGACGGCCAACGUUCAAGUUCUAAAGUGUACACGGGAGAUGUGUAUGUGUUGAUUUGGGGUUUACAACAGGAAAUAACCCAAUUAUUCUGUCUAAACACUUUCAUAUCAUGCUGUCUGUGUCAACAUUGCUUUCUGAAGUCUUGCAUGCCCUUUUGAAUCCUCAGAACGGUGCUGUUAUUUACAAUACAUUAAUACAGUAAGAUGGAGAAAUAGUUUCACAAUGACUUUUUCCCCGAUUUGUUGUCUUUCCAAUGUCACAAUGGUUUGUAAAUUUAAGACAAGAUCGAACUAAAGUAUACAUAUUCAACUUAAAAAAAAAGUUUUUUAAAAUAUGGCAUUUACUAUUUCUGAAUUGAAACCAUUUUACGCAGAUCAAAUCCAUUUUCAGGGACUCAGGAGUGUUUUGAUAAGAUGGUGGAACAAUAAAUACAAAAACCACAAGUUGUAUUAUUUAGAAGGAGAUACUUUGUGGUCUAUGACUGACUGAAGUCUGGAGCACAUUCUGAGUUUCCACCCCAGCAAAGGCUUGCUUUGCGAGGCCUUUGACGCAGUAACCUUCAAACUGACUGCUUGUUUGCGCCUCUUUCUCCCUGUAUUUUUGUUUUAAGUGAAAAACGUGCUCUAUUUAUGAUCCGGUAACUCCCUCCACCUUUGAAAAAGGCCAUUUCUUCACCCUUCACAGUAUCUAUACCCUGGUAUGUUGAUCAGAACAUUACCGGGCACAUGCACAAAUACUAUAGAUCCCAAGUGAUACUCAACCACCUGCCUUUUUGCUGUGGAUGAAAAAAAU